CUGUCGACAAUAUUAUUACUUGGAACCAUUUUUACAGACUGUGUUGGCAGUAUCGAUGGCGUCACUCGGGCUGGUUACAGUGACAACAUCGAUAUCCUUCGGAAACAGUAUUCCGGUUGCACCAUCGUUUUUGGCAAUGUUGUUAUUGCACAUUUACAACAGAAAGCUAUCGGUAACCAAACUAUGGAGGAGAUGGAAAAAAAAUUAGACUUUUUAAAUCAUAUUGAACAAAUCACUGGUAGUUUGAUUAUAUUUGCGACACAUUUAAAAUCUAUUAGUUUUAAACGAUUAAAAAUUAUUUGGGGUGAUGAGUUACACGACGGAAUGGCAAUGCUGAUUGAAGGCAACGAGGAGUUACGGCAUUUAAAAUUACCAUCACUUCGAAGUGUUGAACGAGGUAACAUAACACUUAAUUCAAAUCCAUAUUUAUGUUAUUUGGAAAAAAAAGUUUCUUUUCAUGAGAUUGUUGGUGAAGGUGCCAGCGAAAGGAUAUGGAGAAAAAACGAGUCAACGUUAUGUUCAAAAGAAUCAGAACCCGAAUGUGAUAGAAAAUGUGGCCAAUAUUGUUGGGGACCAGGAGCGGAAAAUUGCCAAAUAAUAUAUCGUCAAAAUUGCACUGAUUGUCAUUCGGGAAUGUGCCACUUUGAUAAUCCUUCAUUGCCAAUCUGUUGUGAUGAUGCUUGUGCUGCUGGGUGUACCGGUCAAGGAAGCGAUCACUGUGUUGCCUGUAAAAGGUUAAGCCAAGACGGUCAAUGUGUAGAGCGUUGUAACGGGUUAACAAGCUAUGAUAUUGUUAAAAUGAUGACCGUUCCACAUGAGAAGCCUCGUUAUACCCACAAUCGUUUCUGCGUUCCCGAAUGCCCCCCUACGACUAUAAUUGAGAACGAAAACUGCGUUCAUCGUUGCUCAAAAGGAUACUCGUACGACGCUGAUUCCAGACCAUAUGUAUGUAAACCAUGCGAAAACGGAAUUUGUCCGAAAUGUACGUUUGAACGACUGUCAUGUCUUCUAGAAGAGCCGCUGGACAGCAGAAAUAUUGAGCGAUUGAAAGAUUGUAUCAUCAUAGAAGGUUAUAUUUUCUUGUCACCAUAUGCCUUUGUAGAGCAUCUUUACAUUCCUCCCGACCUAUCACAACUAACUUUUGAAAAGAGUUCGGACAUGGAUCGGUUCGACUUUAUGAACACCACUGUUCCAGCAAUAAAGGAAGAACAGUUAGAAAUUCUAAGCACAGUCCGAAUGGUCACACAGUAUGUUGAAAUAUCACUAUUUGAUUAUUCUCCAACAAAUCUCAGUUUUCUCAGGAAUCUUGAAACUAUUGUUGGAAGAAAACAAAGGGCAAGACAGUCACUGAAAAUUUUCAGUAAUAGCAAUUUAAAAUAUCUUGGGUUAAAAUCUCUGAAGAAGAUUCUUGGUGGAAGAGUAUUCAUUACUGAUAAUAAGGCAUUAUGUUAUGCAAAUACCCAGAGUCGCACUUGGGAUGAUAUAAUAGAAGAAGUUCCAGAAGCGGGUCAUAGGAAAUUCAGGAUUGAGCGAAAUCGGAAUCCUUCUAUUUGCGGUAAUGCUGUUAUUUAUAUUUGUUACUAUUUGCAAGGAAGACGGUGCAGUGAUUCUUGUGACGAAGACUAUGGUUGUUGGGGUCCCGGCAGUGACCAGUGUGUGAAGUGUAAAUAUUAUUAUGACGGUGAACAAUGCUUAUAUAGUUGUUCACCUAUCGGAAAUUAUGUUGACGGUAAAAACUGUUUACGAUGUGACGAAGAAUGUGUAAAGUGCCAUGGUCCGUCAAAUGAAGACUGCGACAAGUGCAAGCAUGUUUCGCUUCAACGGGGACUUCGGAAACAGUGCCUACGAGAAUGCCCUAAUACUCACUAUGAAAACAAUGGCACCUGUGUUCCUUGUCAUCCUGCUUGUUAUGCUUACGGACCGAUGUUUUUUAGCUGUACGGGUGGUAGUGACAUUGCUGGACUUGGAGGCUGUAAUAAAUGCGAAUACGGAGUUGAACUAGAUGGCUCUAUAAAAUGUUUAAGCUCCGAAAAUAAUUCUUAUUCAGUUUGCAAGGAAAACCACCUUGACAACUAUUUUGUGCACCUUGAAACAACGGACAAGAUAGCAUCCUAUAAAUGUAACAAGUGCCCCGAUGAGUGUUUUUCUUGCACUGGUUUCGGUACAGAUACCGCAAAGCACGAAUGUGUGUGUGCUGCAUAUGUAACGCAUUCACCAGGAAACAGAAGUUAUUGCACAGCUAAAUGCGAAACGGGUUCUUACUUGAUCAAAGAGAAGACAGCAAAUAACACUGGCCAUUGUCAAAUUUGUCAUGAACUUUGUGAUCACUCUUACGGCUGUGUGGGAAAUAAGCCGUCGGAGUGCGAAAGAUGUAAAUUUGCUGCAGUUGAGAAGGAUGGAAUACAGACUUGCUUAGACGAGUGCCCGCUGGGUUUGCAUAAGUACGAUGAUGUAAAUAAUGUGUGCCAUGACAUUGAUCCUGCAGCCGUGGUUAGAAGAAAAAAACGGAUUGCUGCAUUUUCAUUUGUCCUCUGUGUAGUGUUUGCCGUGGUCAUUGCUGCAGUUUUCGGUGUUAACUGUUGGAAGUACAGGAAUCGUUACAAAAAGGAGCUACAGUUGAAUCCACCAGCAUUACCUGAAUAUAAACCUAUGGAUCCGGACGAUAAGCCUAAUAUGAAUCAGUUACGUCUAAUAUCUAGUGAACAGCUUACUAAGACAUCAAGGCCAUUGGGUAAAGGAGCAUUCGGCAUUGUUUAUGCUGUAAGUUGGCUAGAGAAUCCAGAUUCUCGUCCCACGUUCGUCGUAUUAAAGACCUAUUUUGACUCAUUCUGUCGCGUCCCAAAUCGUUACUUAGUAUUGAAAAAAAGAAAUCCUCCUCUUCCAAUGGAGAGCAUGAAUAAUGAGAACCAGCGAGAUCUGAUAAAUGAAAUGAUGCAAGAUAAUGAUUUUAUGGAUCCUCUAACCUAUUUUGAUGAACACGAUGGUCCGACUACUGAAAGUACUAUAAUUCCACCAACCCCAACUACUCCUGCAUGGUCAUCUAAUAAUGAAACUUCUGGAAACAGCUGUAACGCCAUUCUAAUGAGCUGUCAGGGCCGAAGGUUAACUAACAGUGACUCGACAAGAUACCAAAGUGAUCCUGUGCAUGGCGAUGGAUCAAACAUUGAGUUGAGUACAGAUGAAGGCAAUUAUCUGGUACCGAAUACAAAGCAGUCUGCUGUAUUAUAUACACCCGUCGUUGUUCACGAAAACAGCGAAACAGACCUUUUAAGCCCGACUCAUUACUACAACGAAAACGGAACUCCAGAGUACUACAACGAACUCAAACCUGCGGAUGAUAAGAUACCAAUGAUUCGGUCCUUAGCUAACAGAGAUUACUUUGCAGAGGCGGAAACGGCACUUUGA